AGGUCGAUUCGCCGGCGGGUUGUGGGGUCUGCGGCGCCCACGAGGCCAUCAGGGGAUCGUGUGCCUGGAGAGCCUCAGAGUUGUGCAGAGCGGCCUCCAGCGUAUCGGCCAGCUUGAUCGCUGAACCUAAGAUUAUGUAUUGCAUUGAACUGCUGCUGUGAAGAUGACAAGUUUCACGUCACAUGCUGGUGAUAACAAACCCGAUUCUGAUUCUGAUUCUGAACCGGAGGUGAUCAGGGAGUUUAAGCUGGAGUUUCUCGGGCCGGGCAGCGUUUCCGGGGGUGCUUCUGGAGUCUGCAGAAGUAGCACUUCACGGACUCGCGACUGGCAGCAGCCGAUGUCGAUUCGCCGGCGGGUUGUGGGGUCUGCAGCGCCCACGAGGCCAUCGGGGGAUCGCGUGCCUGGAGAGCCUCAGAGUUGUGCAGAGCGGCCUCCAGCGUGUCGGCCAGCUUGAUCGCCAAACGUAGGAUUAUGUAUUGCAUUGAACUGCUGCUGUGAAGAUAACAAGUUUCACGUCACAUGCUGGUGAUAACAAACCCGAUUCUGAUUCUGAUUCUGAACCGGAGGUGAUCAGGGAGUUUAAGUGCUCUGAUUUAUGAAGGUCAGCAUACCAAAAGCUUUCUUCACCACCCUAUCCACAUGAGAUUCUACCUUCAGGGAACUAUGCACCAUUAUUCCUGGAUCACUCUGUUCUACUGCAUUCUUCAAUGCCGUACCAUUUACCAUGUAUGCCCUAUUUUGAUUAGUCCUACCAAAAUAUAAAGGUUAACUUUCAAGCAAGUCAAGUCGUCACUUUUUAUUGUCAUUUCGACCAUAACUGCUGGUACACUACACAGUAAAAACAAGACAACGUUUUUCAGGACCAUGGUGCUACAUGAAACAAUACAAAAACGACACUGAACUACGUAAAACAACACAAAAACUACACUAGACUACAGAUCUACCCAGGACUGCAUAAAGUGCACAAAACAGUGCAGGCAUUACAAUAACUAAUAAACAAGACAAUAGGCACAGUAGAGGGCAGUAGGUUGGUGCCAGUCCAGGCUCUGGGUAUUGAGGAGUCUGAUGGCUUGGGGGAAGAAACUGUUACAUAGUCUGGUCGUGAGAGCCUGAUCGCUUCGGUGCCUUUUGCCAGAUUACAGAAGGGAGAAGAGUUUGUAUGAGGGGUGCAUGUGGUCCUUCAUAAUGCUGUUUGCUUUACGGAUGCAGCAUGUGGUGUAAAUAUCUGUAUUGGCGGGAAGAGAGACUCCGAUGUCCUGAAAACUGUUCCCCUUGGUAGGUGAUGGGUGGGAGUGACAAAAGGCUGAAGAUAAUAAAAUCUGAUGGAAGAUGAAGUGAAGCCUCAACAGUGUUUUAUAAAGUCUCAACAUUAUAUCCUUGUUUUCAUAUUCCAGUCCUCUGGAAAUGAAUGCUAACAUCUCAUUUGCCUUCCUCACCACAGACUCAACCUGCAAAUUAACCUUCAGAGAAUCCCGCUCAAGGGCUCUCAAAUUCCUUUGUGCCUCAGAAUUUUGUAUUUUCUGUCCACCUGGUCAAAAGUUAAAGCUUUAAUUUCUUCUACCAAAGAGCAUGAGCAUGCAAUUGCUGACAUUGUAUUCCAUCUGUCACUUCUUUGCCCAGUCUGCUAAUCUGCUUAAGUCUUUCUGUAGCCUCCCUAAAAACUACCUGCCCCUCCCCUAUGACAAACUGGCCAAUAAUUUCCUUUCUUCUCUCUCUCUCCCUUCUUGAAGAGUGGAGUGACAUUUGCAAUUUUCCAGUCCUCCAUUCCAGAAUCCAGUGCUUCUUGAAAGAUCAUUACUAAUGCCUCUAUAUUGUCUUCAGCCACCUCUUUCUGAAUGUUGUGGUGUACACCAUCUGCUCCAGGUGACUCAUCUACCUCAGUUUCUCAAGAAUCUUCUCCAUGGUAAUGGUAGCACACUUCAUGACCCCUGACAUCUGGAACUUCUACCAUACUGCUUGUGUCUUCCACAGUGAAGACUGAUGAAAUGUAUUUAUUCAGUUCUUCGGCCAUUUCCUUGUCCCUCAUUACCACCCUCCCAGCAUCGUUUUCCAGUGGGCCAAUAUGACCUCUCACCUCUCUUUUACACUUCAUAUAUCUGAAGAGACUGUUGGUAUCCUCAUUAAUAUUAUUGGCUAGCUUACUUUCGUAUUCCACCUUUACCUUCUUACAGACUUUUUCAGUUAACUUAUGCUGGUUCUCAAAAGCUUCCCAGUCCUCCAACUGUCAUGGUCUUGUCCGUGAAGUCUGCAUUCCGGUUCAUUGUCCGGUCCUUCGAUCCAUAUUCCGGGUUUUCCCUGUUUUCCCAGGUUCUAUUGGGUGCCUUAAUUGAGGCACCUGAUUCUCAUUUUGGGCUGGCACAUAAAUACCUGUCAAACCAAGAAUUCCCUGCUGGACUGUUCCCUUCCCCUUCCUUCUGAAGCCCUGCCUGCAUCCCUGUCAAGUUCAACUGCCAGAGUGAGACCGGAGCCUUGCCAUGCCAAGAUAAGGAACUAUUUAUUGUUGAGUUUGGAACUAUCUCUUUGUGUCCCCGUGUUUAGUGUCUGUGUCAAAGAAGAGUCCCGGCCCUAGGUAUUGUUCCCAAGGAGGGGUCCUGACUCUGUGUAAAGUCCCGGCCCUAAGUCCUGUUCUCAAGGAGGAUCCCUGGCUCUGUGUUCUGUGUUCUGUGUUCCAGGCGCUGUGUUCCAGUCCUGUCCAAGUCAAGGCUUUGUGUUCUCAUCCAGUCCAGGAGUCCCUUGGCAGUUUACCUCGGCAGUUCCCUCAGCAAGUGUCCUCAGCAGAAAGGGUCCCGACCCCGCGUCCCAGAAAGGGUCCCGGCCCCGCGUCCCAGAAAGGGUCCCGGCCCCGCGUCCCAGAGCCUAACAAAGCCGAGUCCAUGAGCUGAGCCAGACCUAGUCCAAGAGCCACGUCCUGCCCUGGAGUAUCUCAAGUCCAAGGCUCUGUGUUCCAAGACCAAGCCUGGUCCAAAUCUGAGCUUCGUGUCCUCAUCUAGUUCCGGUUCCUCGGCUAGCCCAGGGCUUCCUCGUCCUGUCCUGUAGCCAUGUCCUGUCCUUGCCAAGAUCUUAGUCCCGAGUCCUAGCCCAGACCCGGGUUCCGGUUCUGAGUCCGAGUCCAAACCAAGACCCAGGUUCCGGGUCCUUGUCCAGGUUCUCGUUCCAGAGUUCCAUGUUCCUAGUCCAGGCUGCUCGUUCCUAGUUCCCUGUCCGGGUCCUGUGUUUCUAGUCCAAGUCCUAGCCUAGGCCCUGAAUCCUAGUCUCAUCCAGGGCCCGUAUCAAUGUCCAGCAUUGUUUCUUCCUUACUCACCUUCCUAUCUCGAUAAACCUCGUCUCUGUCUUGCUUUUGGGUCCGCCAUCCAUGCCCAGUUUAUAACACUAACUUCUCAAUAAUUUCUGCUCAGUUAUAUGCCCUCUCUUUGGUUUUAUGUUGGCCUUGACUUUCCUUCUUCGGCAUGGCUGAGUCAUCUUGCCUUUCGAAUACUUUUUCCUUAGAGAUGUGGAAGGUGGGAUUGAUCUUUGGAGUUUUGGGGAGCUGCAAAGUUUCUCUUGUCCUAAUCCAUUUCUGCUUGCAGCGUUGGAUGAAAUCUUCGGCCUCAGGGACCCCAACCUCUGCCUCCUUGUAUGUAAAGAGAGGCAGAGGAUAACCAAACUCACUUUAACAGUGAUAACCCAUGCGCUGAAUGCUGUAAGGUGUUGUAACAACCCACAUCAAUGGUCUAUAUUCAUGAGUGGUAGGGGAUAGUGAUUUUUGGCCAUCUUGCAGUUGAAUUCCCUAUAAUUAAUGCAUCAUUGCAGGCUCCCAUCCUUCUUUUGUGCAAGGAAGAAGCCUGUGCCAGCAGGUGUGGUGGAGGGCUGAAUGAAGCCUGUGGCAAGAGCCUCCUUGAUAUAAUCUUCCAUUACACUUCUCUCUGGGCCCAAGAGCACAGACAAUCAACCCCUUGGGGGACAGGUUCCGGGCUGCAGGUCUAUCGCACAGUUGUGGGGUUGGUGUGGUGGAAGAGUUGAUGCCUUUCCCUUGCUGAAGACCUCCUCCAUGUCCUUGUAGAUGGAAGCACUUUCAACGGGUUUGGGUGUGCUAACCCCUUGGGACCUUCUUUCGAGGAUGACCCCUUUGUUUUUUUAGGUGACAGGGUGCUUCACCCAACCUCAGAGUCGGCUCCCAAGGCUCACGAAGCUCAUUUGUGGAAACAAGCCAAAUCAGAGUCCAAAUCCCAAUCGGAAUCCUCAGGCAACGGCAGCAAGACUUUACAGGGGGUACGUUCCCUCCAGCCAAUAGGCUUCAAAGCUCGGCAUAAUGGAGUCUGUUCCAUUACGUGAGACCUGGUAGCUGUGUUCUUAAGCUUGGCUGCAAGUUCCCCAGAAUAUGCAGGAAUCUCUUUGGUCCUCUUUUACACAUGAUCCCAUAUCCUCAUCUGUAAAUCCACAGUCUGUUGCUGGAUCCACCCGGAACUGAGUGGGCAACCGUACAAGACAGUUGCAGGUAUGGGUUGGCUCAACUUUUGCAGCGAGAGAUAAGUUCCAGAACCUGGGCCUGUGUACCUCCCUCUGCAAUUAGAUGCUCAACUUCUUAACUGGAAGACCAAUAUGUGCAGAUUGACAAUAAUGUCUCCUCCUCGCUGAUGAUCAACACUGGGGCACCUCACGGGUGUGUGCUUAGCUCACUGUUCUACCCUCUCUAUACCCAUGACCGUGGCUCAGCAUUGCUCAAAUACCAUCCAUAAAUUUGCUGAUGAUACAACCAUUGUAUUGUUGGUGGAAUCUCAGAUGGAGGUGAGGGGGCGUACAGGAGCGAGAUACACCAACCAGGGGAGUGGUGUCACAGCAACAACCUUGCACUCAACAUCAGUAAGAUGAAAAAGCUGAUUGUGGACUUCAGGAAGGGUAAGACGUAGGAACACAUACCAAUCCUCAUAGAGGGAUCAGAAGUGGAGAGAACGAGCAGUUUCAAGUUCCUGGGUGUCAAGAUCUCUGAGGAUCUAACCUGGUCCCAUCAUAUCGGUUCAGUUACAAUGAAGGCAAGACAGUGAAUAUACUUGAAGAGAUUUUGUCUGAAGAGAUUUACUUGAAGAGUUCGAAGAGAUUUGGUCUGUCAACAAAAACACUCAGAAACUUCUAUUGAUGUACUGUGGAGAGCAGUCUGACUGACUGUAUCACUGUCUGGUAUUGGGGGGACUACUGCACCGGACCGAAAGAAGGGUCAUAAAUUUAGUCGGCUCCAACCUGGGUACGAGCCUACAAAGUACCCAGGACAUCUUCAAUGAGCGGUGUCUCAGAGAGACAGCGUCCAUUAUUAAGGACACCCAGCACCCAGACCAUUCCCUUUUCUCACUUUUACCAUCAGUGGGACGUACAGAAGCCUGAAGGCUCACACUCAGCGAUUCAGGAACAGCUUCUUCCCCUCUGCCAUCCGAUUCCUAAAUGGACAUUGAACCCUCGAGCACUCCCUCACUUGGUUAAUAUAUAUUAUUUCUGUUCAUGCAUGAUUUUUAAUGUAUUCAAUAUACACAUACUGAAAUUUAUUUAUUUAUUACGACCCGGAUCUGGGCCGUACCCUCCAAAUAUCCGGUCCUGCCUCUCGGUUUUUUUCCACUACCUUACUUUCCAUUUCUAUUUUCUAUUCAUGAUUUACAAUUUCAAUUUUAAUAUUUACUAUCAAUUUGUACUCCAGGGAGCGGGAAGUGCAGAAUCAAAUAUCGCUGUGAUGCUUGUGUGUUCUAGUAUCAAUUAUUUGGUGACAAUAAAGUAUAAAGUAAUUAUUUUUUCUUUUAUAUUAUGUAUUGCAUUGAACUGCUGCUGCUAAGUCAACAAAUUUCACGACACAUGCCGAUGAUAAUAAACCUGAUUCUAUUUCUGAUUCUGGAUGUUGAACUGACCGAUGAAUCAAUGGGAUUGGGAGUAGUGACUGCUACCGUCACAGUCCUCCCGAUACUGGACGGUCUUAGUAGUCCUGAUAGUUACAGCCUGGGACAUUCAAUCGUGCCCACAAACCUUGUCUCUGUCCCGCUGUCUGAGGAAUCUCCUAUCAUCACUGCAUUCCAGUUCCUGAAUACAUUCUCUCAGUUGCUGCAACUCGGUGCACCUGGAGCAGAUGUGUUCACCUGGGAGACUGGAGUCUCCCAGACUUCCCACAUCCCACACAGAGUGCAAAACACUGCCCCUGGAGCCAUUCCUACUAAGCUACUAUGCCCUAAUAGAUGAGGAAUGAACUAAUGGGAACAGAAAGAGAGAAACCUUAUGGUCUUAUGGAAGGUGGAGCAGGACUAAACAGAGGAAAUCCAUGAGACAUAAUCUCUCACACACAUAGCCUUGCUCACUAAUCCUAAUCUACCCCAAGGCCAUUUGGCCCAUCGAGUCUGUUCCACGAUUUUAUCAUGGCUGAUCCAUUUUCCCUCUCAGCCCCAAUUGUCUGUCUACUACGCAUAUUGCUUCAUACCCUGAUUAAUCAAGAAUCUAUCAACCUCUAACUUGAAUAUGCCGAGACUUGGCCUCCACAGCCACCUGUGGCAGUGAAUUCAUCUUCUAAAUUAAACCCCUCUAUUCUGAGGCUGUGCCAUCUGGUCUUAGACUCUCCAGUCAUGGGAAACAUUCUCUCCACAUCCACUCUUAACAUGGCUUUUCAACAUUUGAUCAGUUUCAAUAAGGUCACCCUUCAUUCUUCUGAAUUCCAGUGAGCAUGUGAAAUGCUCUCCAUGUGAUAAGCCUUUCAAUCCCAGAAUCAUUUUUGAGAAUCUCCUUUGCACUCCCCACUAUGUCAGCACAUUUUUUCUCAGAUAAAGGGCCCAAAAUUGCUCACAGUACUCCAUUAGGCCUCACCAGUGCUUUGUAAAGCCUCAACAUUACAUCCUUGCUUUUAUCUUGUAGUCCUCUUCAAAUGAAUGCUGACAUCACUUUUGCCUUCCUCACCACCCACUCAACCUGCAAAUUAACCUUUCGUGAAGCCCACACAAUGACUCCCAAGUUCAUUUGCACCUCAGAUUUUUGAAUUUUCUGCCCAUUUAGAAAAUUGUCUGCCCUUUUAGUUCUUCUACCAAAGUGCAUGACCGUACAAUUCCGAACAUUGUAUUCCAUCUGCCAGUUCAUUGCCCAUUCUACCAAUCUGGCUUCGUCCUUCUGUAGCCUCUCUACUUCCUCAAAACUACCUGCCCCUCCACCCAUCUUGUAUCAUGUGCAAACAUUGCAACAAAGCCAUCAAUCCUGUCAUCCAAGACUUUGACGUUUUAUGUUAAAGGGAGCAGUCCCACCACUGGUCAUCGGCAGCCAAACAGAAAAGGCUCCCUUUAUUCCCAUUCUUUGCCUCAUGUCAAUCAGCCACUUUAUCCAUGCUAGUGUCUUUGCUGUAAUAUCUUGAUCGCUUAACUUGUUAAGCAGCCUCGUGUGCAGCAACUUGUCAAAGCCCUUCUGAAAAUCCAAGUACACAAUAUCCACCAAUUCUUCUUUGUCUAUUCUACUUGAUAUUUCUUCAAAGAAUUCCAACAGAUUUCUAUGGCAAGGUGUUCCUUGAGAAAACCAUGCUGACUACAGCCUAUUUUAUCAUGUGCCUCCAAGUAUCCGGAAACCACAACCUUAGCAAUCGACUACAACUUCUUCCCAACCCCUGAGGUCAGAAUAACUGGCCUACAAUUUCCUUUCUUCUGCCUCUUUCCUUCUUGAAAAGCGGCGUGACAUUUGGAAUUUUCCAGUCUUCCAGAACCAUUCCAGAAUCUAGUGUUUCAUGUGUUACGAGAAUACACAUAAAAUUAAGAUGUUUGCUGGCCUGGGCUAGCAUCAGUGGCAUCAGCAGUUGUUCUGCCACCUGUCCUCAGGGGAAGGAGAGAUAAGGAACAAUGGAGCAGCGUCUGGAGAUGUGUAAUGAAGGGAUGUGGGAGAGAGAGCUGUCUGGAGCGGCUCCCCCCUUUGAACCCUGAACUGUUUGAAGUGAUGGACAGGCGAUACCCCAGCAGGGGGAUAAAAAGGGACAGGUUCGCUAAGACAGACACACGCCACCCGAGGUAACGAGACCCUGGAAGCGGUGCGCUUCUCACGAGUGGGUGAGAAGUACCAGACAACGACAAGGGUGGAAAGGUACGAUCAGCGGGAACCCGGUGUGUGUCCGCCCUUGCCUGGGUGCCGGGUUCACUGCAGAGGAUCGACCGCAUCUGGAGGAGGGGUCACAGUCGGUGACCUCAGGUGACAUCACCAAGGACCCGCCCAAAUGCUGUUUGUGAGCCAUCCCGCUGGUCUGUGAGUGAAGCCGUUCUGAAUGAUCAGUUGUUCCUAUUCUAUGUCUCUCUUCCCCCACGUUGUCCACCGCCAUGGCAACGAUUACUGCGAACUGAACUACAAACUGGACUGAACUUUGAGUCAUUUUGAAAUUGGUCAUUUACCCCUAGACAACGAUAGAGCUUGAUUGAUGCUGUUAUCUUACUUCUGUGCACAUGUGUGUUUAUCAUCACUGAACUGUUGCAUUUAUUAUCCUUUCGAUUACUGUGUUGCUUGUUUCUUUAAUAAAACUUUCUUAGUUCUAGUACUCCAGACUCCAACUGAGUGAUCCAUUUCUGCUGGUUUGGCAACCCAGUUACGGGGUACGUAACAUAAGUGGGGUUCUCGUCCGCGAUUUUGAACGCUAAAUUUGGGACGGAGUAAAUUGAUUGGGUUAAAAUUCCCGAAAGAAAGAAAAGACAAACAGCAGAAAUGGAGGUUGAGGAAUUUAUAAAGGCGCCGACCUUGGAGGCAUUAGAGGAUGCCAGGAAAUCGGAAUUGAUAGCUGUGGCCAAACGGGUGAAUCUUGCUAAGGUGAAGUCGACAAUGAGGAGAGAGGAGAUACACAGAGCACUAUGUAUCUAAAGGUGUGUUUCCCCAAGGUGAGCUGGGGGAGGUGUCUGUUGAAAAACCUGCUGGAGACGCAGUACAGGUACAGCUUGAAAAACUGAGACUCGAGCACGAGUUCCGGGUACGGCAGUUAGAACACGAAGAGAAGCAGUUACAAAGGCAGGAGAGAGAGUUAGAAAGGCAGGAGAAAGAGAGAGAGUUAGAAAGGCGGGAGAGAGAGAAAGAGUUAGAAAGGCAAGAGAGAGAGAAAGAGGUAGAAAGGCAAGAGAGAGAAAGACAGUUGGAGAGAGAGGAGAAACAGAGGGAAAGGGAAUUUGAGCUGGAGAAGUUAAAGAUAAGGGACGAGCAGGGGCUCGUGCCGAACCAAGGUGGAGGGUUCCGGGCGACCCAGGAGGUUAGGCUGGUUCCCCCAUUUGACGAUACCGAUGUGGAUCGGUACUUUCUCCACUUCGAAAAAGUAGCUAUAAGUCAGGACUGGCCAAGGGAUAAGUGGGUUGUUUUACUUCAGAGUGUACUGAAAGGGAAAGCCCAACAAGCUUACUCCGCUUUAUCCGCGGAAGAUGCCCAGAAGUAUGAGGUGGUGAAGGAGGCCAUCCUCAGGAUUUAUGAGUUGGUCCCGGAGGCAUACCGGCAGAGGUUCCGGAAUGCGAGGAAGCGGUGGGACCGCACGUAUUUGGAGUUUGCUCGCGAGAUGCAAACAUAUUGUGAGCGUUGGUGCGCCUCGAAAGGGGUAGAGGGGGAUUAUGACAGACUGCUGCAGCUGAUUUUGAUUGAGCAGUUUAAAGGUUGUGUCCCUGAGGGUAUGAGACCCUACCUCGAUGAGAAAGAGGCAGCCACGUUAGCCGCAACUGCUAAGUUAGCGGAUGAGUAUGCGUUGACGCAUAAAAUGAAGUUUGCCCCGAGUAAAGGCUACCAGAAGGGUAGUCAGGACGGCGGGGAGAGUCCGCCGGAAAAGUCAGAAAGUAAGCCGGGGACUAGUGAAAAGGAUAAGGUAGACCGGGAGCAGCCUGGUAGGAAGUCUCCUGGGGUCGUCUGUUAUAAUUGUGGGAAAGUCGGACACUUUGCGUCCAGGUGCUUUGCCCCAAGAAAGGAGACGGGGAAAGGAAAAGCGGAAAUUUUGAAUGGCUGUAUUGAGCUGUUAAGCGAACCGCUAGGGAAGGACAGGUCUGAAAAAGUCCAGGAAGGGCGCGAGAGGUUUAUCUCGGCCGGACUGGUGUCAGUGAAAAAGAGGUUAAAACCAGUUCCAGUGCGGAUCUGGAGAGACACGGGAGCGUGUCAGUCACUAAUACUGAAGAGUGUAUUAGAGUUUAGCUCAGAGACCCAGACUGGGGAGGUAGAGGUCAAAGGUGUUGGGGAAGGGACAGAGUCAGUCCCUUUGCACCAGAUACAUUUACAGAGCAACCUGGUCUCUGGACUAGUCACGAUCGGGGUGAGGUCCGAAUUACCGAUGAAAGACGUGGAAGUCUUGCUCGGUAAUGACAUCGCCGGGGGAAUCGUGUUCCCAGCAGUGAGAUUGACAGGUCAGCCUGCCAGCAUUGAGGCCCCGCCCAUGGACUCACAGGUUUAUCAUAGGGCUGCGGUAGUGAAUUUAGCUGUGGUGGUAAAUUUGGCUGAAACGUUUCUGCCAACCUUGUAUGAGACAGGGUGUAGUGAGAUAAGAGGUAGUGAGGGAGCUGGGACGGACGUAGCAGUAGCCAGGAAAGAAUUUGUGCAGACGCAGGAGCGAGACGAGGGGCUGAUGGUUUUUGCCGAGACCGCUCUCUCUGACACAGCCUUGACAAGCUAUUGUGCGGAUAAGGAGGUGCUAAGGAAGAAAGGGAAAUCAAGUACAGCAUCCGCAGAUGAGGAGUGGGGGGUGGUGCAAAAGAGUUAUGGGGAUGAGGUUUUUAACAUGGCCCACGAGGUACCCCCCGGUGGACAUUUUGCGGUGCUGGAGGAAACAGUUGGUGGAAUCAUGAAAGAGAUUUACCGGCUGCCCAGGGGGAAAAAUGUUAUUGAUCAUGACCGACGCGAACUGAGACGGUCACCGGUUUUUGAUAUGCUAACAAACCUGGUCGGUGUUAGCGUGGAACUCAAUGAAGCUAGGGGCCCCCUGCUAAGAGGAAAAAACCAUUUUGAAAAGAUUAGGAUGGGAUCGGUCAGAUGGGAGAAGGCUAUUGUUUUGGCCAGGUCUACUGAUAAGGUCUCUCCCUUAAUCCCCGAAGGAGUAAUUAAACGACUCGCACCCAUGUGUUUGAUUGUCCCGAGGAAAUGCAAAGAACUGGGACGUUGGGUGAAUGUGGUUACAAUAGGGCAGCCAAGUAAACAACACCCAUAUUUUUUGAGUAAUUCAGUGACUAAAGGGCUGAUGAACACAGAGGUGUGUAUUGGCAAUUUAACACGGCUGUCUGAAGCCAGCUUGAUAGUGAACCUUGAAAAAAAUGAAUUCGGCCACACGAAGGGCACUUACCUGGGAAUUGUGGUGACACAGGGGCAGCUGGCAGUGAUGCAAGCUACAGUGCAGGCUAUCGCUGACCUCCCAACCCCGACAGACAAGAGGGCCCUCAGAAGGCUCUUGGAGAUGGUGGGGUACUGCAGGAAGUUUUGCAAUAACUCUGCGGUCAAUACCCGUCCCCCUCCUACUAAGCCCUUGCGAGAGAAAAUUGAGUCGGAAUGGGACGACCCUUGUUAUUGUGGUCCGGGACAAAACCAAAUGAGAGGUUACAUUGGUCGCAAUUCAUCAGUGUUUUUGGCCACUAUAAAGUUUGCUGAGUUGGAGCCUGGUGUAAGGGAUUAUUAAUAACACGUGUAAAAGGAACAGAAAAUGUGAUGACUGUCUGUCAAGGUGUUGACAGCUUCAAAUUCUUUGUAUUAGCCAAAUAACUGAUAAAGAUGCAUAUUUGUGUGUGUAUCCGAUAAUGUAGUCAUGUUUGUAAUUUUUACCUCCCGGUAAAAAUCCUUAAAGGGGGGAAGUGUUACGAGAAUACACAUAAAAUUAAGAUGUUUGCUGGCCUGGGCUAGCAUCAGUGGCAUCAGCAGUUGUUCUGCCACCUGCCCUCAGGGGAAGGAGAGAUAAGGAACAAUGGAGCAGCGUCUGGAGAUGUGUAAUGAAGGGAUGUGGGAGAGAGAGCUGUCUGGAGCGGCUCCCCCCUUUGAACCCUGAACUGUUUGAAGUGAUGGACAGGCGAUACCCCAGCAGGGGGAUAAAAAGGGACAGGUUCGCUAAGACAGACACACGCCACCCGAGGUAACGAGACCCUGGAAGCGGUGCGCUUCUCACGAGUGGGUGAGAAGUACCAGACAACGACAAGGGUGGAAAGGUACGAUCAGCGGGAACCCGGUGUGUGUCCGCCCUUGCCUGGGUGCCGGGUUCACUGCAGAGGAUCGACCGCAUCUGGAGGAGGGGUCACAGUCGGUGACCUCAGGUGACAUCACCAAGGACCCGCCCAAAUGCUGUUUGUGAGCCAUCCCGCUGGUCUGUGAGUGAAGCCGUUCUGAAUGAUCAGCUGUUCCUAUUCUAUGUCUCUCUUCCCCCACGUUGUCCACCGCCAUGGCAACGAUUACUGCGAACUGAACUACAAACUGGACUGAACUUUGAGUCAUUUUGAAAUUGGUCAUUUACCCCUAGACAACGAUAGAGCUUGAUUGAUGCUGUUAUCUUAAUUCUGUGCACAUGUGUGGUUAUCAUUGUUGAAUUGUUGCA